AUGCUGGGGUACCGUCUUCCCUUUGCUCUUCUUCCUGGCUUCUUCUCUGCUGCUUCUCUCUUCUCUCCGUCUUCUCUUUUCUUCCCGGAAGUUUCGUAUUUCUUCGUCUUCUCGGUGGAGCCAGGCCGUGGACUUUUGGCUCUCUCUCUCUUUGGUCUGUUCUUAUGUUCUUAUCGUCAAGGACGGAGUAUCUUCUCUCGCCCAGCUGCAAGAGGCGAGAGCAAGAGUGGUCGGCCCUCCCGCGACGACGGCGAGACGCGCGACUCACUGCAACAGCCCAUGCCGGCUUAUCCGCGAGGCCGCAAGACCGGCGGCGAAGAGACCUCCAUCCAUUCCCUCGAUGUCACCCCAGGAAGAGUUUUUAUCGCGCUGACUAACUUGGUAAUACAUCGUAAUAUAAAAUAUCAGUCCAGGAAGUAA